AUGGCAGACUAUCCUCAGUAUUCGACCCCGUCGGUGGGUGCUUCCAAUCACAUCCAACAGACAAAAAUACAGGGCCCCAAGCGCAAGAGAGUGUCCGUGGCAUGUCGGCCCUGUAGGAUCCGCAAGUCUCGUUGCGAUGGCGCACGGCCAUGUUCGACAUGCGAAGAUAUGGGCGCGGAGUGCAGAUAUGAGCAGCCGUACAGCCAGCCUGUAGCGACAACUAACCCCGGCAACAGUGAGCGGCAAGAGGGGAGUCUGCUCGAGCAGCGGGUACAGGCAUUAGAAAAAAGGUUGCGGCUUUCCGGCCUAAACGAGCAAUUCGAUAGUCCUCAAAUCCACACAGCCACUUCUCCCCAAAUCCAGGAGAACCAUGAAUCCCAACGUAGUCCGGGAGUGAAAGGGCCGUUGGAUCAAGACGACGAAGUGGAUGGUAUGGGCGCCGUAGCGCUCAGAGAUGGGGUUGACGAAGAAGAAUACUUCGGCGCUUCAUCGAAUGUGGCUUUCUUGCGCCUCAUCAUUCACGCUGUUGGCCAUCCAGUCAGCCCGUCCGGCAAUGUACCUCUCUCAAACACAGACGCUUCCACCGACGGCCAAUCAAACGAUAACCACUUCGAUGCAUUCCUGAGAAGGCCACCGGGUAUUAGUAGUCUACCCGAGACUAAGGGAAGAGUCCGCGUCGAUCCCUUUGCGCUUCCUCCUCAAAUGGAAGCAAACGCCUUGUUGCAUUUGUUCUUCACCACGAUCAAUCUAAUGAUUCCCUGCAUCCAUGAAGACUCGUUCCGAGACAUGUACAACAAGAUGCAAGUUAGCGGGACUCGGAAUGUUCGCAGAUCCUGGCUAGGAAGUCUAAAUGUCGUAUUCGCCCUCGCGACAAAUGUGAUGACGGCAACUUCACCAGAUAUUGAAAGGGCUACGAGAUCCAGUAUGUACUUCGAGAGAGCGAUGGAAUUAGUAAAAUCAGAUAUGCUGGGGCGUCUUUCAUUAGAAAUGGUGCAAUUAUUCCUUUUGAUGGAGGCGUACCUUGAAGGAACUACGUCUUCAUCACUUGCCUGGACGUUGCAUGGCCUGGCUGUGAAAGGGGCAUACCAGCUUGGUCUUCACGUCAUGAACUUGAAGAGCAUCUCGCAAAUCGAUCGGGAGGUGCGCAGGAGAUCAUGGUAUUGGUGUGUUAUGAAUGAUCGGUUCCUGAGCGUGACUUACGGACGGCCCCCUUUGAUUCCCUUGUCCCAUGUGAGACCCGAGGCAAGCCCCUAUCUACCAUUCAGCAAUGCGCCGAGUGGUGUUACCGUAUCCAGUCUGGCUUAUUUUGAUGCUAUGAUGUCCGUUACUCACAUCAUGGGCGACGCCCUGGAGCAUCUCUACGAUCAAAACCUCGGGUUUCGCACCCAUCUCCCCAUGAGUGAAACCCUUAAUCAGAUCUCCAAACUACGCUGGGAACUCGCCCAGUGGCAGGAUACUCUCCCACCAUCUCUACAAAUUAUAACCUCUCAGGAGGCGGUGUAUGAUGUCCCUUUGACAGCCGGAACCAUGAGACUCCGCGUCCUACUUUCUCUCCGCUUUCUCGGUGCGAGAAUACUCAUUCUACGCCCAGUACUAAGUCAAUUCCUCGAUCUGCCUGGUACGACAGCCUCAAACGAACACCAGGCGGAAUGGUUGCGGAAUUCAGGUGCUGUUUUGCUAGCGGAUUUGGUCCGCACGUGUGGCGAUAUCCUGCAAAUCAGUAAUAACAUAUUGUCUGGUUCCAAAACUGAUGGGAAUUUACUUGGGGCAUGGUGGUUUUCUUGUUAUUAUACUUUCAACUCAUCCCUGGCGGUCUUGGGAAUCCUUCUGAUAAAAAGAAUCCCCGCAUACUCCGGACAAUUAUCUACCUUUUCCGUGUCUGAACUACGGGGUCUGCUCGAGACAGCUGUGGAGAUCCUAGGUGGGCUGAACAAAGGCAGUGAAACCGUCAUGCGCUGUCGAGAUACUUUGACGAGGCUUAUCACUGCAUUUGAUUUUGAUGCAAAUGUAGCCGGAUGCGCACCAGCAUCAUUCUCACUAUCCCCAUCCAGCGCGUGGGCGUGGCAACUGGUUAAUCCAGGCUUGUUCAGCUCGGAAGUACCCUUAAGUCUUGCUCCAGGGACGUUUGAUCCUCUGCCUGGCUCUCAGUUGCCCAUGUCGACUAAUCUUGGAGUGCGCCCGGAGCACGACGUCUCUCAUUUCCCUGGAUGA